CUCUAUGAUUAUGAUAUAGAUCAUAGCAUAGCAAGGGACUAAGUGUAAAACAAAAUGCCUCACCUCCUACAUGGGACGCUUAAAGUAACCAUAGUUGAAGUUGAUAGACUACAUACUGGAUGUAAUUUCGAUUUCUGCCGGAAGGGUACAACGCACAAGGGGAAGAGAUUUCUAGCCCAAGUCAAAGGUUGUCUGUUGUGUCGGCCUGAGAUUGUUGGAACAAGACUGUAUGCAACGGUUGAUUUAGAUAAGGCAAGGGUUGGAAGAACCAGAAUGAUUGGAAAUCAGCCCUCAAACCCAAAGUGGAAUGAGACCUUUGAAAUCUAUUGUGCCCAUCACAUCUCAUACAUUAUAUUCACUGUGAAAGAUGGUAACCCAAUUGGGGCAACUCUAAUUGGAAGAGCUUUUGUCCCUGUUGAACAAGUUAUUAAGGGCCCUAUAGUUAAUAGGUGGGUUGAAAUAUUAGAUGAUGAAGAUCACCGUGCUGUGCCAGGUCAUUCUAAAAUUCGUGUCACCAUACAUUUCAACAGUGUUACCGAGGAUAAAACAUGUCUAUGGUCUAAGGGCAUAAGCAUGCCAUUUUAUGGAGUUCCUCGUACAUUUUUCAACCAAAGAGAAGGUUGUAGUGUUACUUUAUACCAAGAUGCUCAUGUUCCUCGUGGACCUGUCCCAUGGAUUCCAAUAUCUAGAGAAAUAGAUUAUAUACCUGCAAGAUGUUGGGAGGACAUUUACAUUGCUAUUAAUGAUGCUAAGCACUUUAUUUACAUAGCUGGUUGGUCUAUUUACACUGAAAUAAGCUUAGUUAGGGACGAUGACAAAUUAAAUGAUACCCUUGGGGAGUUGCUAAAGAAGAAAGCUGAAGAUGGUGUUAAUGUUCUUAUGCUUGUUUGGGAUGAUAGAACAUCUGAUGCUAAUUUCAAGCUAGCUGGGUUGAUGGGAACCCAUGAUGAGGAAACUGCAAAUUACUUCAGAAACACACGUGUGCAUUGUGUUUUGUGCCCACGAAACCCGGAUUUUGGAAGAAGCAUAAUUCAAGGUUUUCAAAUCUCAACCAUGUUUACUCAUCACCAAAAGAGUGUAGUAGUUGAUGCGCCUGUUAUAGGAUCAGAGAAACGAAGCGUCAAAAGUUUCAUAGGUGGGAUUGAUCUGUGUGAUGGGAGAUAUGAUACUAGAGAACACCCUCUAUUUUCAACCUUAAAUACAGUUCAUAGUAAUGAUUUUCACCAGCCAAAUUUCCCAAAUGCUUCCAUCAGAAAAGGUGGUCCAAGAGAGCCAUGGCAUGACAUUCACUGUAGGCUAGAAGGACCUAUUGCUUGGGAUGUCUUGUACAAUUUUGAGCAAAGAUGGGAGAAGCAAGUUGGAAAGAAAUUUCUUUUCUCACUUGAUGAGAUUGAUGAAAUUCUAGUCCAUCCAUCUGAAGCAACGAAAUCUGAAGAAACUUGGACUGUUCAGUUGUUUAGAUCCAUUGAUGGUGGUGCUGUUACUGGCUUUCCUCAAGCGCCAGAUGAUGUUGUUGAAUUAGGCCUUGUUAGUGGGAAAGAUAACAUCGUUGAUAGGAGCAUUCAGGAUGCUUACAUAAAUGCUAUUAGAAGAGCAAGAAAUUUCAUCUACAUUGAAAAUCAGUAUUUUAUAGGGAGUUCAUAUGGUUGGAAAGCAACUGAUAAUGAUAUUAUAGUUGAGGACAUUGGUGCAUUGAAUCUUAUACCAAAGGAGUUGUCAUUGAAGAUUAUUAGUAAGAUAGAAGCAGGAGAAAGGUUUGCUGUGUAUGUAGUGAUCCCAAUGUGGCCUGAAGGAGAACCAGAAAGUGAUUCAGUUCAAGCAAUAUUAGAUUGGCAAAGGAGAACAAUGGAGAUGAUGUAUUCUGACAUUGCUGAAGCCAUAACGAAAAAGGGAAUUGAAGCACACCCUCGAGAUUAUUUGACAUUUUUUUGCCUUGGCAAGAGGGAGCACAAAGAUACAGGAGAAUAUCCUCCUCCAGAGGAACCAGAGCAGGAUAGUGACUACAGAAGAGCACAAAAUGCUAGAAGGUUCAUGAUCUAUGUUCAUUCCAAGAUGAUGAUAGUUGAUGAUGAAUACAUAAUCAUUGGAUCUGCCAACAUAAAUCAGAGGUCAAUGGAGGGAGCAAGAGACACUGAGAUUGCAAUGGGUGCAUUCCAACCACAUCAUCUAACAUCAUAUGGGCCACCAAGAGGAGAGAUACAUAGAUUUCGACGUGCACUAUGGUAUGAGCACCUUGGGAGUGAUAAUACUAACACAAACAUCUUUGACAAUCCAGAAAGUUUGGACUGCAUUGGUCUUGUGAAUGCACUUGCUCAUAUCAACUUGGACAUGUACUCAAAAGAAGAAUUUGAUGAAUAUAGACCAUUUCACCACCUAAUGAGAUACCCCAUAGAAGUAACCAACGAAGGAGCCAUAACAACCCUUCAAGGCCUUGAAUAUUUUCCUGACACCAAGGCUCGGAUUUUGGGCUGCAAAUCAAAUAUCUUACCUCCAAUUCUCACCACCUAG